AUGGAGGAGCCCCAAGCUUAUAAAACUGUCUCGGGUGUGAAUGGCCCCCUGGUUAUCUUGGAUCAAGUUAAGUUUCCCAGGUACGCAGAGAUUGUCCACUUGACCCUUCCUGAUGGCACAAGGAGGAGCGGGCAGGUCCUGGAAGUCAGUGGCUCCAAAGCUGUGGUUCAGGUGUUUGAAGGAACUUCAGGUAUUGAUGCGAAGAAAACGUCUUGUGAGUUUACGGGGGAUAUUCUUCGAACCCCUGUCUCUGAGGAUAUGCUUGGCAGAGUAUUUAAUGGAUCAGGAAAACCUAUAGACAGAGGCCCCAUUGUCUUGGCUGAAGAUUUCCUUGACAUAAUGGGUCAGCCCAUCAAUCCCCAGUGUCGUAUCUACCCAGAAGAAAUGAUUCAAACUGGCAUUUCUGCUAUAGAUGGCAUGAACAGCAUUGCCAGGGGGCAGAAAAUCCCCAUAUUCUCAGCUGCUGGCUUGCCCCACAAUGAGAUUGCAGCCCAGAUCUGUCGCCAAGCUGGCUUGGUGAAGAAAUCCAAAGAUGUGAUGGACUACAGCGAAGAAAACUUCGCCAUCGUGUUUGCUGCUAUGGGUGUGAACAUGGAAACGGCUCGGUUCUUCAAAUCAGACUUUGAGGAAAAUGGGUCCAUGGACAACGUGUGUCUGUUCCUGAACUUGGCCAACGAUCCGACCAUCGAACGCAUUAUCACUCCUCGUCUGGCUCUGACAACAGCUGAGUUCUUGGCAUAUCAGUGUGAGAAGCACGUGUUGGUCAUUCUGACAGACAUGAGCUCCUAUGCUGAAGCUCUGCGAGAGGUUUCUGCAGCUAGAGAGGAGGUGCCUGGUCGCCGUGGGUUCCCAGGUUACAUGUACACGGACUUGGCUACUAUCUACGAGCGCGCUGGGCGUGUGGAAGGCAGAAAUGGUUCCAUUACUCAGAUUCCUAUUCUUACCAUGCCCAAUGAUGAUAUUACUCAUCCUAUCCCUGACUUGACUGGAUACAUCACUGAAGGACAAAUCUACGUGGACAGGCAGCUGCAUAACAGACAGAUUUACCCACCUAUUAAUGUCUUGCCCUCCUUGUCUCGACUGAUGAAGUCAGCCAUUGGAGAGGGAAUGACCAGGAAGGAUCAUGCAGAUGUAUCCAACCAACUGUACGCCUGCUACGCUAUCGGGAAGGACGUGCAGGCCAUGAAGGCUGUCGUUGGUGAGGAAGCUCUUACCUCUGAUGAUCUUCUGUAUCUGGAGUUUCUGCAGAAGUUUGAGAAGAACUUCAUUGCUCAGGGUCCUUACGAAAACCGCACUGUUUAUGAGACCUUGGACAUCGGGUGGCAGCUUUUGCGGAUCUUCCCCAAGGAGAUGCUGAAGAGAAUCCCUCAGACCACGCUGGCCGAGUUCUACCCUCGAGAUUCCACAGCGAAACACUAACCACAGCUCCAUCUCCAACUCCUUGCUCUGUGAAAUGCUGUUCAUUUUCUUUUUUUUUCCAUGUGUUGGUGUUUACUUGUCGCCCUUACAAUUAAAACCCACCAAGAAUAGGUGACAUUUGUGCCAGUGUUCCAGUGCACACUGAUACCAGUUUUUAAAAUAUCCCUUCUUCCAAAGCCUGGAUCUUCAGGAAAAUACUUAGGCCAGCUCUUACAAAUGUGCAAUAGCUAUCGCGAAGCUUGUUCUUUGAACUGGACUCUUUGUAGACAUUUCAAGGGGAAUGUCAGAGGAUUAUCAGAAAUUGCAAAUCUUUACUUUGAAACCAGGAACCCCACGUGGUUUAGAAAAUGUUGAAAGAGCACAAAUGUGACUUCCUUUGUCCAAAGCAUCUGCUGGGUGCGAGGGUAGGCGGUUGCCGUGCUGCUGGUGGAACAGAUGGCACUUGGCUCUCCUGCCUGAAGACCAGGCUGCUCUGUGGAAAGCACGGUGCGUGGCAACGUACCUUUCUUAAAAACGCCAGACACUGAUUAUAUUUUUUAACUCUGGCUUAAGAUUCUUAAAGGUACAUGUGAACUGAGAACACUAUCAGGCACAGUAGGGGCUUUUCAGAGUUUUCAGAGGUCACAGGCCAGUGCGUUGCUACCUCAACGCAGCAUGAUAAGGCUUAAUUACUGAAUUGAAGGUUUCAAAUUGGAAUUUGCAGACUAAGUUUCCUACUUACCCUUUCUCUUUUUUUUUUUUUUCCUUUGAAUUCUGGAAAUGCCAGAGACACACGAGCAGCUAAAGCGUUCCCAGAUCAGUAGAGUCCCAGCGGGGAAAACUGUAGGUAAUUCAAGGCUUUUGCUGCUACUGAAGGGGAUUGAGAUGUGGAAAAAAAAAAAGAAGCCACCUUAUACCUGACACAGUUGUACUGGUGGGAGACCAGCUUUGAAAGUCUGGCUUGUACCAAAUGAUGCAACAGGAGAAAAAGCAGCUGAAUGUGUGAAUGGAUAUUUUGAAUUCUGUUAUAAAUCGCGCUCCGGGCGGCACUGGGUCCCCAGCCCUGUCUGCAAGUGGUGUGGUUCACACUCCAGGCACAGGUUUGGCCAGCCAGGAGAGCUCAGCAUUCCCAAACACCCCAAACUUGGCUGGUCCAUUCAGUGUUGGGUUUGGGUUGUUUUUUUUUUACCCCCCCCAGAAUUGGCUGAGAUGAGGCUCGGAGCCCAGUGCUGGCAGGCUUUCUGCUUUUUUUUUCCAGGCUUAAUGUAGUCUAAGCUCUGGUCUAGCUACCCAAAGCAUGUUGCACCUCUCUGAACGCCUCCAGUGCUUGUCUGGGAAGGUGCUAACAUGACUGGGAUGAUAAGUGUACUAAUUCCAGCUUGCCCUGACGUCUCCUGUGUGCAGUUCUCUCUCUGGUUUGUUCAGUGUUCCCUGUAACUUGGACGCAAUAGCAACUUUAUCCCAGUGCAUUCCACCCUAAAGCUGUGUCAAGUCUAUUUUUCUUGAGGUUAGGGACGGGGAGGUUGGAAGUGUUGGCAUGAGAAUACUUUAAUGUAGAGAAUAUCUAAAUAAAUUAAAUAUGGAAGGUGUUGAAAAAAAA